AUGGCGCAGGCGGGCGCGGCGCGCGGGCAGGCGUUGAGCCUCGUGCGCCAGUGGUUAGCGGAAGGAGCGCGCGCGGGCGCGGGUGCGGACACGCGGGAUAUGUGGACGCAAGUUGCGCGCGACUGCGUGCACCAGUUGUCACUCUCGCAGCUCAGCUUGGACCGCGCGGCGGAGAUUCUGGAAACGGGCGACGCGGACGCGUCGGACGCGGUCUUUAAGCUCUCGGGCGCUGCGACGAUGGCGGACAACUGUCAGGGCUCGUUCGAUUUCGUGAGGCGGACGGAGGACGCAGAGGGCGGGGAUGGUGGAGGAAGCGGGCGGUAUGGCAUGACUGCGCAAGUGCGGGUGAGUUGCGGGUGGUGCGCGGGUGAGUUGGUGCGCGCAGGAGUGUCAAGCGGGCACGAGCUACCGCGCUGGCAGGGUGUAAGUGCAAAACAAUCCGGAACCAACAGUAGUAGGCAAUCUCUCUCACCUCUUAUCCCGUAUUCCUCUCUUCCCUUUCCUUGUCGGUCUGCGUUUGUCGCCCACUGGUCGAAUCAGGAAACAGCGGCAGACCUUCGUGAUUCCAUCGUGACUCUCCAGCAGCAAACUAUCGACCUGCAGCAAAUCGCUGCUGCUGCUGCCGCCACUGCUACUGAUGAUGACGGUGGUGAUGGUGCUGAUGUUGGUGAUGCCGCUGCUUCUGCUCCUCCUCCUCCUGCCCCUGCUGCUCCUGGUGAUGCUGGUAGUGCUGAUGGGAGUACAAGCACCAACGCUCCUUCUGAUUCGUCGAAUGACGUGGCACCCCCACCGCCAUCCUCCACCCAGGAGGACGUGGCGGUCCCAGCCUCUCCCAGCAGCAACGAGGUGACUUUUGAGUCACCUCAAAAGCCACCGCCAUCGUCGACCCAGGAGGACGUGGCGGUCCCAACCUCUCCCAGCGGGAACGACCAGAGCACCAGUGAAGGGGGGCCACGUGGCAGCAGUGUAGGUUUAACGCCGGUCAACGGCCAGGAUGGUGCCGCGGCAUCUGACGGUCGUUUGUUGGCUGAAUCGUGGCCGUCCAUGAUGGGAGGGGGAGGCGUUAAGGGGAAGGAGGAGAAGAGAGGGAGGAGGAUGCAGGAUGGGGGUGCUGGGGAGAGAGUAGAAGGGAGUGUAGGAGAUGGAGGGGAUGCUGAGGCUGAGAAAGAGCAAGGAGAACGAGUGGCAGUGGGAGGAGUCGAGGGGGAACAAAUGGCAGGAGGUGAGGAAGGGGGGGAGGUAAGGUGGGUUGUUGGGGGAGGGGAAGGAGAAGUAGUAGGAGAGAUAGUGGGAGAUGAAGAGGGUACGAGCCCUCAAGACCCCUACUUGGACCUUGAUCCUUAUGUGGGCCCCACUGGAUCUUCCUCUGACGGGCCUGACGACGUGGAAGGCCAAGCUUCUGACGUGGAAGUCCCCCCUGCUGAUGUGGACGAACCCACUGCCAGCACAGCACCAGCAGAAACUGAGGGCCGGAAACGCAUUCCCUCUUCCCCCUCCCCCUCCUCCUCGUCCUCCUCCUCCUCCUCCUCGUCCUCCUCCUCCUCCCUCCUACAAGCCAACGGCACUGCUGACCCUCCAACUGCACCCCCCUCUUUCCCCCCGCCCACCCCUCCUCCUCCUCCCCCUAAAAAGCCCCCAGCCCUCCCCCCCGACUGCCCCAAGCCCAUAGUGCGGCCUCCCCCCCUCCUUGCACCCUUCUCCAUCCCCCGCCUUAUGCCCAACCUGGUGGUGGCACAGGACGGAUCCGGGGACUUCACCACUAUCCAGGACGCGCUCCUCUCAGCUCCCAAGAAGCCCAAAGGCCGUUUCGUCAUUCUCGUGAUGCCAGGCGUUUACAAGGAGCGCUUCGAAGUUGGAAAACCCAACAUCACGCUCGUGGGGCUGUCUCCCGCGCUCACAAUCAUCACCGGAAACGCGAGUGUGGGCACCAACUACACUACAUUCAACAGCGCCACUGUUGCUAUUGAGGGUGACUACUUCGCAGCGGUGAACAUCCGAUUCGAGAACACAGCAGGCAAGAUCAACAACCAGGCGGUGGCGCUGCGGGUGUCGGCAGACCAAUGCGCGUUCCACAACUGCGAGUUCUGGGGUUUCCAGGAUACACUCUACACCCACAGCGGCCGUCAGUACUACCGCAACUGCUUCAUAACCGGCAAUGUAGACUUCAUCUUCGGAAAUGCAGCUGCUAUUUUUGACAACUGCACCAUUCAAAUCCGCCAGCACACCAGCGGCGCCCCUGUUGCAGCCUCCAGCCGCCAAACCUCCACCGACCCCACGGGCCUCGUCAUCAUGAAUUCCCGGGUAGUUGGGGAAACCACCCGUUGCGUCGUGGGCUUUCUGGGCCGCCCUUGGAAGAGCUACGCUCGUGCAGCGGUGAUCAACUCGUAUCUCUCGCCUCAAGUCAGUUCGCUCGGAUGGAUGGAUUGGAACGGGCAGGUGAACGAUACUAUAAGCUUUAUCGAGUUCAACAAUACAGGGCCGGGGGCAAACGGACCGCGUGUGCCGUGGCUACGGCCGGGGAUUUUAGCGAAUGUGACUGCAGUGAGUGAUUUCUUACCAGAGAAGUUCCUGUACCCGUUUGGGGUGAUUCGAGCGCUGCUUCCGUGGCUGUGA